GCUUCGUGCGGCCUCGGCCGGCGCCGCCGCGGCAGUCGCCGAGGCGGAGGUCCUGCAGCCGGCGGAGCGGCCCCCCGCGGAUCCGCGGGAACCACCCGACGCGGACGGCGCAGACGAGUACCGCUUCGUGAUCGUUGCGCUGGUCGCGGCGGCGUACGUCAUCUGGCAGAUGGACAAGGUGAACAUGUCCGUUGCCGUGCUGCCGAUGGCCGCUGAGUACGGUUGGGACGCCGCGGAGGUGGGGCUGAUCCAGAGCUCCAUUUUCUGGGGCUACGCCGCGACCACCGUCGUGGGCGGCGUGCUGUCGAGGCGGUACGGCGGCAGGCGGGUGCUGCUGGGCGCGGUGGCGCUGUGGUCCACCGCCACCGUGGCCGCGCCCUUUGCGGCCGAGGUCUCCACGGAGGUCUUCGUCGCGACGCGCGUGCUGGUCGGGCUGGGGGAGGGGCUGGCGCCCGGAGCCGGGCUCAGCAUGGUCGCAGCCUGGGUGCCGCGGGAGGAGCGCAGCCGCUCGGUGGCGACGCUGGGCAGCGGGAAGACGGCCGGCUCGAUCCUGGGGCUGCUGCUGGCGCCCGUGGUGAUAAACGCGUUCGGCUGGCCCGCCAUGUUCUACCUCUUCGGCUCGCUGGGGCUGAUCUGGUCCGCAGCGUGGGCGGUCCUCGGCAAGGAGCGCCCGGAGGACGCCAAGGCGGCCAGCGAGGACGAGGCGCAGGAGGAUGCGCCCAUACCCUGGGGGAGGAUCCUCUCGACGCCGCAGCUCUGGGGCGUGGUCACCGCGCACUUCUGCCACGAUUGGGGGGGUUACGCGCUCCUGACGUGGACCCCGAAGUACCUGAACCAGGUCAUGGGGUUCGACCUGCAGGGCAGCAGCCAGCUGACCGUCCUGCCAGGCGUGCUCGCGGUGGCGUUCGCGGCCGCGGGAAGCACCGUGGCGGACAGCCUCCUCAAGGACGGAGCGGAGCUCACGCAGGUGCGCAAGCUGUUCCAAGGCCUCGGCUUCGUCCUCCCAUGCGCCUGCAUCGGGGCCCUGAGCGCACUCGGCGACGUCGACCGGGGCUCCUUCUUGCCGAUCGCGCUGAUCGCCGGGGGGGUCGCUUUCGGGGCCUUCUCGUACUCCGGGCUCUAUGCCAGCCACGCCGACCUUAGCAAGAAGUACACUGGCAUAAUCAGCGGAAUAUCCACCACCAUGGGGGCCCUGGCCGGAGUGGGCAGCAACGCGUUCGCUGGGUACGUGCUCAAGGCGACCGACUCGUGGACGCUGGCCAUCUUCCUGCCGUCCAUAGUGUUCUUCAUCAUCGGCUUCAUUGCCUAUCAGGCGCUCUACGAUGCCACGCCCAUCGACUUCGACGCGCCGGAGGAGGAGUGGGCGGCGCGGGCGUCGUGA